GCGCGGAUGCAAGGCUUUCUCAUAUCACUUAAGCCAUGCAAGCAUUCACAAGCGGUCACAAUGAUGUUGUACUAUGAAAUCGAGAUUGAACUGCUUUUCUGCAUCUCUGCAUAAAACACGUCCACAUUCAGGCAUUCGAUCCGAUCCUCUUUGCUAAAGGGACGAUCCAACGGCCUCUAAUCUCUUCUACAUCCUGGACCAGAUCUGCUCGACGGACGGACAGAUGACGAAGUCAAUCAGACGCCUUUUGUCGUUUUACGCAUCUGUCUUGGGCGCGCAAGCAGUGGAGGACGGUAGGCUUAUAAGCACCUGGUGGGACGGGUCGGAGGGGACGGGACCGCAGGUUAUGAGGGCCACGUGCCAAGACCAUAACUGCACUUUGUACAUGGAUCUCGUCAGUGGGAUGGCUCUGUCGAAGUCCGGAUCUCAGCUCAUCGUGUCAGGAUACCGUUCUGCAACUCCGCUCGGAUCUUGGCUUACCACCCUCAAUACCGAGACCGGGGAGAGGACAAAGGACAAGGAAGAGCAAUUCCUAGCAGAGGUGCAAAUGCUCAGCCGCGUACAUCAUGUCCAUGUGUGUGGCUUGAUUGGCGUCUGCCGAUAUGGUAGUAUGUGGUUCUUGGUUUAUCCUUACUUGGAGGGUGGGAGUUUGUACGACCGGCUGCAUCAACGGGUCGAAGAUCGAACAAGAGAAGCACAAGGAGGGAGAGGCACAAGAGAAGUACCGGAAGAAGGAGGUGGAGGAGGAGCCGUGGUAGCGCCAGACGAAGAGCUAGGAGGGUCCGAAAGUGCGAAAGCAGGAGGGGAAGCGGAAAGAGGGCCUGGAGCAGAGGGAGGAGGGGUCACACAAGAAGGAGAGAAACGGAGUGAAAGCGAAUCAUUCCACGCAGACGAGGAAGACAUACCAACCGAAGGAGAAGAAGAUGAAGGAGAGGGUGGAGAUUCUGGAGAAGAGUCAGAUAUGCCAGCGAAAGUCGAAGCAAUAGCGAAGGCUCUUCGUUACCUUCAUUUCGGAGCUAACCCACCACUCAUCCAUCGUGAUGUAAAGAGUCGAAACUUGUUGUUGGGAGAGGGGGGUGGUACGGAGCUGAAGGCAUUCUUAGCUGAUUUCGGUCUCGCCAAAGUUAUGGAGGACAGGCAACGAUCAAGAAGCCACGCUGCAGUCCCGCAAGCAACCCGUCCCGGGACGCGGGGCUACGUUGCCCCCGAGUAUGCCAAAGGAGGGAAGCUGACGAGGGAGAUAGACGUGUACUCUUUUGAAGUUGUCCUCUUGGAACUGCUUACUGGCAGAAGCGUGUUAAUUCGUGGUGAGGGAGACAAGAAUGUAACCCUAGUUAAGCAGAUGCGCAAUCACCUAGCCGAGCUAGAUACCGUCGAUCUGAAGGAUGUCGUGGAUCCUUCCAUUAGAGGGGAAAUGGAUGAUGUUGUAAUGAGGGAAAUCACAAGAGAGAUGUUUGGUGUGGUUGCUGAUUGUGUUAAUCUCGAUGACAAGUUGCGGCCAAUCAGCAAGGAGGUAGCUUCCAAGAUGGAGGAAAUUUUGAAAACGGCCGAAGUAACUCUCAAGGAACCGCGGUAUCAGCCCGGUGGUGGUCCCAAGUUCUACUACCUUCUCGAUCAGAUCUGCUGGACGGACGGACAGGUGACAAAGCCAAGCAGGCGUCGUAUGUCAUUCUAUGAAUCAUUGUUGAAUACGGCAGCUGUGGAAGGUCGGUUGAUAAGCGACUGGUGGCCGGCGCGCGAGGCAACGGGAGCCCGACUGACUCACUUCACGUGCCAAGACGAUAACUGCACGUCGUACAUGCAUGUCGCAAAGGGGAUGGCUCGGUCGAAGUCUGGAUUGGAGCUGAUCUUGUCGGGAUACCAUUCUGCAAUUCCGCGGGGAUCUUGGCUCACCACGCUCAAUGCCGAGACGAGGGAGAGGAGUUCUGUCUCGGUGCAGGUGGAUUUCGCCACCGGGAUGGCUCUCGAUCCCGACAUGACCACUCUGUUCGUCGCGACGGGGGGGGUCCCUCCUCUUCGGAUCUUGUGUUCGCACUUCGUCGAUCGCAAGCCCGGCGGCAGCGUUUGGGCACUCGACCGUUCGUCGAAUGUGGUCCAUCUUGUCGCUGGACGUGGAUUCACGCCCGCCUACUCGCCGCAAAUAACAAGUACAAGUGCUAACACCAGUGGAAACGGUAGCAGCAGUGGGGGUAAGAUAGUGAUGUCCAACGCCUUAAACGUAUCUUUCGGAGAGUUAAACGAUCUAGUCGUCACCGAGGAUGGAAUGAACAUCGUCGUCUGCGAGAGAGACACAGGUUUUGUGAAGCGGAUAGAGCUCGACUCUCCAUGUGGAGUCGGGAUUAGAGUCACGAACGUCACGCGGUACACUAAACGCUAUGGAUAUGGCGUGGGUUCUUUGGCCAUGGGAAACUUCAGCGGAGAGCUCGUCUUGCUGCUAGGCACAGACGACGGGGAAGUGUUCCAGCUCACCAUCAACAGAUCAGCUCUGCAGCCUUAUGCGGCCCCACGUAGCGACUCGUCACCCUACCCCAACGCUGCUCAUCCCGAUUCCUCCAUCUCGCCUAAUCCUGCCAACAACACUUCCUCGCAAUCGGGGGGGGAAUCUUUCAGCAGAGGCGGAGAAGGCGGGAACAACAUCGUGCUGGGUGUCGGUGUUUUCUUCGGUGUUUCUCUGCCGCUUCUGUUAAUCGGGAUAGUCGGUCUGCUAUGCCGUAGAGCACAGCAGCGCUGCCGAGGGCCAGAAGCUUCUUUCCUAGUCCACGGCGUCGAAGUCUUUGAUUUGAAGACCUUAAGGGCAGCGACGAAGAGUUUCCACCCGCCGAUCGCUGUCAAGGUCAUGCGCGACGAACUGGCAAAAAUCACGGAAAAGGUCUUCUACGCAGAGUUGGAGACGCUCAGCCGGAUACAUCACGGCAAUGUGUGUGGAUUGAUUGGCUACUGUCAGCAUGGGAGUGAGUUGAAAUUGGUUUACCCGUACAUGGCGGGCGGGAGCUUGUACGAUCGACUCCAUGGACGGGAUGAACGUCUGGAAAGAGAAGUACCAGGAGGGGCAAUACCGAGAGAAGGGCCAAGGAGAGAAGCAGGGGAAGAGGGUGCCGUAGCAGCGCCGGACGAAGAGCCAGGAGCGCCACUAAUAGUGAGAGAAACAGGACGAGCAACGGAAGGAGAAGGAGGAGCACGCGGAGGAGGAGGAGGAGGAGGAGGCGCAAGACGAGAAGAGUCGGAUGCAAACGGGGGAAGAAGAGGAACUGACGGGGGAGACCCUCCAGGGGGAGAAGUUACCGUAGCAGCGGCAGACGAAGAUCCAGGAGAGUCACUAAUAAAGCGGUCAAUUGCCGCUCCCGAAGCGGAGUUGGUACACCUCACACGUCCCUCCGCUCCUCUUACCCUGGUCGAGCGUUUGGUGGUGGCGUUUCAGAUUGCCAAGGCUCUCCGCUACCUUCAUUUCGAAAUCGACCUCCGAGUUAUCCAUCGCGAUGUGAAGAGUGCAAAUGUCUUAUUGGGAGAAGGAGAAGGUACGCAGUUGAAGGCAUACCUAGCGGAUUUCGGUCUGGCCCAUGUGCUGGAGGACAUUCUACAACAGCCGGCAAUACAUCCACAGGAAGGACGGGUUGGGGAACGCUUGGAUACAUUGCCCCGGAGCGGGAUAAGGCGGCCGCUGGGCGAACAGCGUGGCCAGGGACCGCAGGGCACCACGCAAGACACGGGAACUUCAUUAUCUACAGUGGGGGGGCGGGGGGGGGGGUCAGGGCCAGUAACGACUGAAAUGACGGGUGGUGCAAGUGGUUCGGGGGGCGGCGAUUUCAUCCCUGCAACCAAUGCACAAAUGUCAUUGGGUGAACUGCGCACCAAGUCGAGAGUCGGGCGUUAUGUGACGCAGGGUCAAAGGAUGGGAACGUGGGAGAAGAGACAUGGGGACUACAAGCUGCACUACAAUUACUGCAAGCACGUGUGGCAGGACAAUGUGUCGAAGGCUCAGCGCCACUUCACGCAGUUGAAGAGGUGCGCGACAGCGACGAUGGAGGUGUUUGUCGAUAUUUGGAACCACACAGACUACGAGUUCGAUGCACGUCAUCACCGCGGUAUCUUGACAUACAUGAGGGAGCAUGAUAUCGCAGAUAGACGAGCUGUCGACGACACUCGACUCAUUGGCAAGGGAAGGACGGGUGGGAGGGAGUCGAGGCAGUCAUGGCUAUGGCACAAGAAGCAGUUGGCCGCCAUGCCUAGCGGAGUGCGGCCAAUCUAUCCAUCGUUCAAGGACAUUGGGGGCGGGGGCAUUGUUGCUCAGCGAGGGAAGGUUGCCGCGAUGUUGUGGAAGGUGGGUGUUUCGUUUGAAUCGGUGAAGGCCACCAUUCUUUCAGACGGUAGGCAAUCGCGAGAUGCUAGGACUUUAGUUAACUUCCUCGCAGCCGCCAAGUGCGGUGCCCUCAGGGCAGGUGUUGUGGCUGUCGGGGGGGUUCUCGUGGUUGUGCGUUGUGCAGUGCUUGUGCCAGGUGUGACCGAGGCGCUGGUGCCUGAGACCGGCGUGAAUGGUAGCGGUGUUUGUCUUGUUCUGCUCCUAUGUGUUAUCUCCGGUUCUGCUGCUAAGGCACUUCUUCUGCUGCCUCCAGCCGCAGCCGGUGUCUUGACAGGGGCAUCGGGGAUCAUGAUGCCCGCGACUUUGCUUGCGAACGGAACAUUCUUCAGCAAUGGAUGGGCCGCGCCGUCAAUGGCUUUCGAGAUGUGCGACCUUCGGGAUUAUCGCUUGGAUCGUGAGUUCGAUUUUACAAGUGUGGUAGAUAGGCAUGAGAUUCGACAUUAUGAGCUCGAUGCGAGGGGGGAGUUGAUGUUACGCUUGGCAGUCGGGUUGGGUUACGAUGGGGAAUAUCUACGAGAGGUUAUUGUAUACGUAACAAAGGUGGGUGCCAAUGUUCCAAAUGUUCAUGUCAGUGCUAGUGAGGAUAUCGUCGAGUCUAUGGUCAUCCGGUGCGCCGAUUUCUGGCGCAACGUUCAGCACGCUGUUGCUGUCAUGACCCAGGUCCACCAGCUGUUGAGGAGAUUGGACAGGGCCAGCAUGAUCAUGUCCAUGAUGUACUCAUGGUCCCAGGAGUUGGUGCAGCAGGUGGCUGCUGCUAACGUCCCUGAUGACAUGCGAAAGCCGUGCGUGGAGGCGAUGCAGAUCCGCACCAUGCAUAUGCUUGAGCCUAUGCACGCUGCGGCGCACCUGCUCAACCCCCGCAGACCGACCGGAGUGGAGGGUACGUUCUUCAGUGGGGUCACAUGGCGACCUUGGCGGAGACGCAGCCAGAGGAGUACACACACCCGCUGGUCAACGACGAGGAUGAGGAGGAGGAGCCUGAGCCAGAGGAGUGGGGAGCCAGAGCUCAGUCAGCAGUGUCGGCACAUGAGAUCAAUGCACAACUUCGUUGCUUUCAGCAGCAGGGUGCUCGUCGCCCAACGGGAGUUGCUGAGGUUUUUGGUGCCAGAGCCGACAUUAUUGGUACUCCUUCCUUACUAUUACAUGCUUCCACCGCCAGUAGAGCCGGUGCAGGCGUCGAAGGACCAGACGGAUGCUGAGGGCGGAGAGGAUUUGUCGGUUGGUGUAGACAAGAGGGUCGAUAGACUCUACUACACGUACGGGGGAGGACCGGACGGAUUUCAGCCACGCUGCACCGUCAAUCGGGAGAGCGAUGACUAUUCCAUCCCCGCUACGGAUACAGGGUUGGACCGUGGAGAUGCUUUAGGCGGGGCGAGUGUUGUACUCCCUAAUAGAGAGAGAGAGAGGAAGGUGACCGGGGUGGUCAGCACGGCGGACGACGACGACGACGAGCCGUUGGUGAUUCGCAGAGCACGCUUGGCGCGCGAGGGAGCCGCGCUUGCCGCCGAGGGUCUUAGUAGAUUAGUGAGGCUGCAGGCGCAGGCCGGGUCGCAUACAGGUGCUAGACGCGAGGUGUCGGACCAUGUAGAGAACAUCAGAGUAGAGGUGCAUUUGGCGAGCCAGCACACACCCACCUCAGCACCUCGAGGCGACAGGGAGCAGAGUGAGCUGCGCACGAGUGACUUUCAUGGCCUUGGACACAGAUUUUCUGGCAGCGGUGUUCGAGGACGGACUGAAGGGCGAGAGAGAGUGGGGGAUGACAUCCAGUAUCAUCGUAUCGAGGGUGGUGGAGCGGAGUCCACGGAGGAGCAACGGCUGGAGCAGUUGCAGAGAGAGUGGGCAGGUAGAGAUGUGUACAUGGCGGAGCAACAGCGUAUUCGGGACUUGGAGACCGGUACUGCAGUCCCUGAUGCGGGCGGGGUUGAGCAUCACGUUCCUAUAGUCCCGCAUCCAUUUGCAGCCGACGCAGCAACACCUGACACACGCGGACCGUUGACGUCGCCCCAGGGCGAUGUCGACUCAGGGUCCUCAAUGGGAGGAGACGGUGGUGAGUCUAAGUAUGGAGAUUCAGCCAUGUCCAACGUCAUACUUGGACUGUGUGCAGCGGGCAUGUUGCAACCUGAUCCUCCAUUCACUCAGGAGGCAGUUCACAUGGAGGGCGAUUUAGGCGAGUUGGAUGGAGGUCGUAGACGCGAUGCGGAGGGCGAUGAUGGGACGGGUGAUGAUCCGAUCGAGGUCGGAGGCAGUAUGUCGUUGGCGUUAGUGUUGCGGGAUCCUUCACCAGAGGCGCACGAGGUUCCGUUACAGCCCGUGGACGGAGGAUGUGGUGUGGAUGAGGAGGGGCAGGGUGGUGGAGCGAGGGUGGUAGUGGUCUUGCUUUCCUUCGUCCUCAUCAUCGGCGGACGACCGGUCGGGAGCGGAUCGACUUUCUGGCGGUCCUCGGCGCAGUAUGUCGGUCGGGAAGCAGAAGGAAGAUGUCCCCAGCUUCAUGGACAAAACGAGAGAGUGCUUCAAUCACCCAGCAGUUGCUCUGGUUUAAACAUCAUCGACGAGUCUCUCUUCGCUGGCUCCUGCAAAGCCGUCCUGAAGUAUGAGAAGGAAGCCCCGUUCGUCACGGGUUCCAACGAGACGGGUAUGGUGUGCAAACCCCUGGUACGCAACAUCGUGUUGCACCCUGGUAGUACAAAGUUCUUCUACAUUCUCGAUCAGAUCUGCGCGCUGGACGAGAAGAUGAGCGCGCCAAGCAGGCGGCUUUUGUCAUUCUAUGAGUCACUGUUGGGCGCGCAAGCUGUAGUGGGUCGUUUGGUAAGCACCUGGUGGCCGGGGCGUGAAGGGACAGGUGCCCGACUGCCUCAGUCCACGUGCCAAGACCCUAACUGCGCGUCGGAGAUGGAUCUCGCCACGGGGAUGGCUCUGUCGAAGUCUGGAUCUGAGCUGAUCUUGUCGGGAUACCAUUCUGCAACUCCGCCGGGAUCCUGGCUCACCACGCUCAAUACGGUGACCGGGGAGAGGACGUCUGUACCGUUGCGGUUCGAUCUCGCCAACGGGAUCGCGAUCGAUCCAUCAAUGACCACUCUGUUCGUCGCGAACGGUUUGGCUCCUCUUCAGAUCUUGUCUUCUCCGGUUACGCUCGAUCAGAGCGUUGAUCUUUCCAGCCAGGGACUCGCCACACCCUCCCCUCUCUUCACGUUCGAUAAAAAUCACGAGUGGGACCAUUCGUCGAUUUACUUCGGACCUUACAGUUUCCCUCGCGAUGGCCGGUGCCUGUACUUCAUCGAUCGCAAGAUCGGCGGCAGUGUUUGGGCACUCAAUCGUUCGUCGAAUGUCGUCAAUCUUGUCGCGGGGAUGGGGUUAGUCGCCCAGCCCUUGCCGCAAUCAGCAAGUAGAAACACUAGCAGUAGUAAUAGGAUAGUGAUGUCCAACGCUUUAAGCGUAUCGUUCGGACAGCUAUACGACCUGGCCGUCACGGAGGAUGGUCUGAACGUCUUCGUCUGCGAGAGAGACACAGGUCUUGUGAAGCGGAUUGAGCUCGACUCUGCAUGUGGAGCCGGUCUUAGAGUAACCAACGUCACUUGGUACACCAAGCGUCCCGGUGCUGGCGUGUAUGGGUUGGCCGUAGGCAAUAAUAGUGGAGAACUCCUCCUUCUCCUAGGUACGGACGACGGGGAAGUGUUCCAGCUCAGCAUCAACAGCUCAGCUCUGGAGCGCAGCAACACUCCUGAUGGGGUUCCCUACUCGCCACCGGGAAUCGUUCUGAGUCCAUCCAUUUCCCCCGCCUCUCCUUCCCGUACUGACGCUGAGUCCUCGAGACCGGAUCCUAAACCAACUGAUUCAAACAUAGUUGUAGUGGUCAGCAUAGUUGCGGCGGUUGGUAUCCUUCUUGCUGCAAUCAGCAUGGGAGCACUCAUUUUCGCGAGGCGUAAGAGAGGGCUGCCAGUCGAAAUCCACAAGGUCACAGAGUUUGAGUACGAGCGCUUAAAGGCAGCGACGAGGAGGUUCGACGCAUCUCGACAGCUUGGGAAGAAGGGCGGCUUCGGCGCCGUCUACUGGGGCACACUGAGGGGCGAGGACGGAACGCUAACGCAGAUCGCUGUAAAGGUAGCCGUGAAGGUCGACAAGGAUCGCAACGUGAUCAGGAAGAACGAAAAGCAAUUCCUCGCAGAGGUGAGUACACUCAGUCGGUUACAUCACGCUCAUGUUUGUGGCUUGAUUGGAUACUGCCGCCAGAAUACCAAGUACAUGUUGGUUUACCCGUACAUGGCUGGCGGGAGCUUGUACGAUCGACUGCAUUGCCCGCUAGAAGGAGCGAGAGUACUAACCGGAGGAGGCUCAACAACUGAAGUAACGGGAGAUGCAUCCGGAGAAGGGGCAGAGUACGAGUCGGUAGGGUCAGCAAGUGCCAUCUUAGCAGUUGAAGCAGGAAGAAGCGGAGAUGGAGGAGCAGGAGGGUCACGACCCGAGAGAGAGCAGCCAAGUGGAACCCAAGAACCCGAUGCGAACGGGGGGCAAAGAGGAACGGAAGGAGGAGGAGGAGGAGGAGGAGGAGGAGGAGGAAGGGGAGGAAGGGGAGGAGGAGAAGAAAGAAGUGGCCGAUACCCAGGAGGAGAAGGCGAUCAUCAGCCCAACCGUCUCUCCCUGGUAGAGCGUUUUGUUGUCGCCCAACAGAUCGUCAAAGCUCUUCGUUACAUUCAUUACGAGGUUGAGCCACCAGUUAUUCAUCGUGAUGUCAAGAGUUUAAAUGUGUUGUUGGGAACAGGACAUGGUACGCAGCUGAAGGCAUACUUAGCGGAUUUCGGUUUGGCCAAAUCUAUGGUGGAGGAGAUGCCUAGAACCGAUAGCAUGACAGUCGCUCGUAAUAGGUGUUGGGGAACCCCUGGCUACGCUGCUCCGGAAUACUCGGAACGAGGAAAGUUGGUAAGGAGAAGUGACAUGUACUCUUUUGGAGUUGUCCUAUUGGAAUUACUUACUGGCAAAAAGGCGGUCCUUCCAGGCACGCUAACGCGCGAAACCGUAACCCUGGUCGAGCAGCAGAGAGAGCACUUGGCAAAGACUGGUACCGUCAAUCUGGAGGAGGUCGUCGAUCCUACGGUUUUGGACGAAAUCGAGUCUGAUCCGAUGAGGAUGAUGGCCAGAGAGAUGCUAGAUGUGGCUGCUCGGUGUCUCAUUCGGAAUGAGAAGCUGAGGCCGAACAGCAAGGAGGUAGCUUUAAGGAUGGAGGAGAUAAUGAAGAUGGGUGGAAUAACUGUUGAAGGAGUCACGGACUGCAGACCGGCAGAAGCUGACAAAUCAGUUGAAAGAGGCUGAUUUUAGUCUCAUGUCUCAUGGAGUGGAUCAGACACUCACUGUGUUAACGUAACGGCGAGGGAUGGAUAUCCCCCGGUUGGCCGUUAGGUCAUCCGUUCACGGUGUUUGGCUUCAGUGCCGCGGAUCAAACACCCAUGUGUUUGUGGGGCAAGUUGCAGAAACACCUCACUGGAGAAGUAAAGUAGCAAGUAUACC